UCUAAAUGGUCUUUUAUAUUCCAUAGUUGGGAGGAAUUACAUUUAGUCAUCUCUUAUUCAAUAAUGACGAACAACGGCGCAGUUCCGACGUCUUCUCAUGCAUCUCCGAUGGUGGAUCUCGAGUCCAUCUCUCGUGCCAAGCGACGUAUCAAAGACGGACUCGCCACGCGACGUCCUUGGAAAGUGAUGUUCGAUUUCCACUCCAUGGGGCUACCUCACGGAGUCUCCGAUGCUUUCUCGAGAAUCAAGACGAAUCUUGCUUACUUCCGUAGUAACUACGCAAUCGUCGUCUUGAACGUCAUGUUCUUCAGCCUGAUAUGGCAUCCGAUCUCGCUCAUCAUCUUCGCCGGCUUGGUUUUCCUCUGGAUCUUUCUUUAUUUCCUCCGUGAAGAGCCUCUCAAAAUAUUCCGACUUCAGAUAAACGAUCAGGCGGUCUUGAUUGGUCUAUCGGUGAUAACCGUCGCUAGUCUCCUCUUGCUCGCUAACGCGACGUUUAGUAUAGUUGCGGCGUUGCUUACCGGAGCUGUGUUGGUUCUGAUCCAUGCGUUGGUUAGGAAGACGGAGGAUCUUUUCUUGGAUGAAGAGGCCGCGACGACUUAACACUUGAGGGUUGAUGUCACGUCACACCCUUCGUCUUAAUUAAAUUGAUUAAUCUCCAACUUUAUGUAUAUUAUAUUGUUUCGGAUCAUCUUAUAUAAUUUUUUACUGGUGUGAGUGUGGUUUGAAUCGAGACUCUCCCUCUCUCUCUCUCUCUCUUUGAAUUGAACAAUUCUAUACUUUGAUUUUAAACAAUUCUCAAUUUCGAA